UGAGUGUGGAAGAGGGAGAUGAGAGGAGGGUGAGCGCGUCUGUUUUCCUCACUCUGCAAAAAAGGAAGAGAAGACAGAAAAAAGUUUGGACGUCUUUUUCUCCCUACUUUUUCUAGGAAUGAACGCUGAGACGUGCAUUUCAUACUGCGACAUGACAUCCAUGGAUACAUAUUAUAACCCGUCUGCACCGCAAGGUAGGGACCACCAAGCAAACCCCUUUAGGACAUUCCAAGCGAGUGACACCAAGUACGGCCCUACUUUCCUCACCAACAAAGGUCAGGCAUAUGGGGAAAAGUCGCGGAGCCCGUUCCAACAGGAAUGCCAGUCAUUGGAUGCCACUUCUGGGGAAGGCACCUUUAACAAAUACCACCUCUUCAUGCAGAGAUCCUCUUGCAAAACUCCCCCCGAAGGAAGCAAACUCCACCAAGAAAGCGAGCACAACGGAGCGCUCAUCUCUUGUUAUGCCAAAGACGGUGCCGGGCUGACAGACUCCGAGUUGCCCCAGAACACCGACCCAGCUGGGAUGGAUGGCACCUACCUCAAUGUGAAGGAGGCCGGGGGGAUGAAGAGUCCCCAGGAUCAACCGGGCUCCGAGCUGGCCAGCCCCCUGGACAAGGGCGAGGGCGAGAGCAACAAGGGGAAGAAGAGGCGCAACCGCACCACCUUCACCAGCUACCAGCUGGAGGAGCUGGAGAAGGUGUUCCAGAAGACGCACUACCCGGACGUGUACGCCCGCGAGCAGCUAGCCCUGCGCACCGACCUGACCGAGGCCCGCGUGCAGGUGUGGUUCCAGAACCGACGGGCCAAGUGGAGGAAGAGGGAGCGGUUUGGUCAGAUGCAGCAGGUCCGCACGCACUUCUCUACAGCCUACGAGCUUCCUCUCCUUACCCGCGCUGAGAACUAUGCACAGAUCCAGAGUCCUUCUUGGAUAGGGGGCAGCAGCGCUGCAUCUCCCGUGCCAGGCUGCGUGAUGCCAUGCGACACCGUCACCCCCUGUAUGACCCCCCACCCGCACGCCGGCGGGGUGUCCGACUUCCUGGGCGUACAGAGUCCCGGGGGCCACAUGGGACAGACGCACAUGGGUGGCCUGUUCGGCAGUCCGGGGAUGGGCGGCGGCAUCAACGGCUACGACCUCAACAUGGACCCCGACCGCAAGUCGUCCAGCAUCGCUGCGCUUCGCAUGAAGGCCAAGGAGCACAGCGCCGCCAUCUCCUGGGCAACAUGAUCCCCUGUACGGCCUGCAGGGG